AUGUCUGGUGACGACCGCGUCAAGAAGACUGAUUUCACAGGGUAUCCGCCUUUAGGUGCACAGGGACAAUCACAGUCACAAUCGCAACGACCUUACCAUGCGGAAACUCAAGGUAUGACCAGAGACUACCUUGGGGCCGAUUCAGGAGCAUACCAUCUGCGAGACCAAUCCAUCGAUGUAUCCGAACAAGAACAUGAAGGUUAUGGCAUGGAGAACGUCGCUAUGAUGAGGGAUACUUCUAGGAGUCCUUUGCACACACCCCAAAGCGGGAAUGGACAUGAAUAUCCACUUCCCGCUGGAGCAUCCCAACCAUACAUCGCACCACCUCAACCGGCCGCUACCAAUUUCACUCCUGGUGCAACAACUCCAGGUAAUGGCCCAAGUCACAGAGUGCAUUACCCUCCUUCGCCAUAUAUGAAUAGGGGUGAUAAUUAUACCACCAUACCUUUGCAAGAUCGUGAGCAUAAUCGUACGGAAGCAAUGUCGCCCACACCUGUGCAAUCUGGGACAACUACACCCGUUGGUUCAGGUAACAAAAAGAAACAUUGGUCUUUCUUACCUGGAUCUUCGACAACUUCGUUAGAAACCAGUGCAAUGCAUGAAAAAGGUCAAAAGAGACCCAAAAACUCAAGAGGUGCAAGCUGGGAUCUGUUAGGGGAUAGAGCAGAAUGGGAAGAAUUUAAUCCCAAGAAUGCCAGUGUAGAAAACCUGAAAUUUGCGGAAGGUGACGUCGGAACCAAUAAAUUAUCAAGAUUUUACUAUUGGGCGUUGAACAGAGGCAUCAUAGUCAGAUGGGCAUUGUACAUUAUUCCUAUUUUAGGUCUUUUGUGGAUACCUGGUAUACUUGGUGUCACAGCGGAGCCAGACGCUACAGUCUGGGGUGUCAAAUUGAUCUGGUGGUCAAUUUGGCUGUCUGUCCUUUGGGGUGGAUGGUGGGCUGCAACAGCUGUGUUCAUGAUGGUACCCACCAUUUUCAGGAACACCAUCGGUGCAAUCAUCCCCUCCUCUAGAAGAUACACAGAUGUUAUCGCUGCUCUUGGCAAAUAUGCCAAACUCAUCUUUUGGGUCUUAGCCAUCUGGAUUUCUUUCACGCCCCUGGUAAUCAAUCAUUACACGGGAGAAUCGACUGCCACUUCUAGGACAGACUUGACAACAAUGGUCAAUAUCCUUUUCGGUCUUUUCUUAUGUUCACUAGUACUAGGAGCGGAGAAAUUGAUAGUUCAGCUCAUCGCUUUCCAAUUUCACCAAGAUUCAUAUGAAGAUCGAUUGAAGGAACAAAAGUUCAACCUCAAGGCUCUUACCCUUCUUUACACCAAUUCACAUGAUAUUCCCGGUAGAUCAGAUACCCUUAUCGAUAACGCUUCGGGUCGAACUAAAGCUUCUCAAGUUCCGAGAGUAGCUAUCAGGAAAGCUCUCAGGGGCCUGAAAGAUGUCGCUCAGACUACCACCACUGCCCUUGGUAAUGUCGCUUCCGAAAUGGCCGGUCAAAGUGUGCUUCAAACCAAUUCACCUGCCAACAAGGUCACUGCUGCUCUGAACUCUGCCAAUAAGAGUAAAGCUCUUGCUCGACGACUGUACUACUCUUUCCGCGCUCCUGGAAUCGACCAUCUUGAUAUAUCUGAUAUUGCAAGAUUCUUCCCUGACCUUGAAACUGCUGAGAGCGCAUUUGCCAUGUUUGACAAGGAUGGAAACGGCGAUGCUACAAGAGAUGAAAUUGAAAGUGCUGUAUUGGGGAUUCACAGGGAGCGAUUGAGUCUCGAAGCCUCCAUGCGAGAUUUGGACGGCGCUGUUCGAAGACUCGACGAUAUAUUCAUGGUUAUUGUCCUUGCCAUCGUCAUUCUCAUUCUCGCCGCUAUGGUCACCACCAAGCUUACUACCCUCGUCACCUCAGCUGGUACUUUCAUCCUUGGUCUCUCAUGGUUGAUCGGUGCAACUAUGCAGGAGAUCUUAGCUGCUUGUAUCUUCCUGUUUGUCAAGCAUCCCUUCGAUGUGGGAGACAGGGUAGAUAUCGAUGGCAAUGGAUAUACUGUCGCCAAGAUGCAGCUCAUGUCAUCUUCCUUCAAGCGAACAGACGGAAAGUAUGUUUGGAUCGGUCAUAAUGUGCUCUCGACGAAGAUCAUCGAAAACAUCCGAAGAUCAGGCCCUAUCUCCGAGUCAUUCACCUUUGAAGUAGCUUUUGAUACGACAUUUGAAUCACUUCAAUCCCUACGAGCUAGAAUGUUGAAAUUCUGCAAAGAUAACUCUAGAGAUUUCUUACCGGUUUUCGACGUGAUAGUCGACGAUAUACCCGCUCAAGGUAAAAUGGUUUUGAAAGCGGAUAUCAAGUAUAAAUCAAAUUGGCAACAAGGUGCACUCAAGGUCCAAAGAAGAAACAAAUGGAUCUGUGCUUUGAAAAUGACCCUCGCUGAUCUCAAGGUAUGGGGACCUGACGGAGCCGGUAACCCAACUCCUGACCCCGCUGAUCCCGUCCAAUACACAUUGAUUCCCUGGGAGCAAUUGAAAGAUGCUGCUCCAGCUAAAUCCGAGUCGCCUCCGCCAACGUUCGCUUCGGCCACCGCUAUGCCCAAUCUGAUGGAUCAAAGAGGAGUAGUCAACGAUACGUCUCAAGACAUAUGGGAUGAGCAUGAUGAACUGAACAAUCAAUCAGUGGCUCCAUCACGUGCGGGAACACCUGGACCUAGUCAGAUCGGUUUUGAUGCAAGACAGAGACAUGCUUUGGAACAGGGCGGUGGAAUUGAAAUGACCAGUGCGCCCGUUUCAAGAAGAAUAUAA